GGAGUGUUUUUGAUUCCAAAACAUAUAUGUGCCUAUAGAGCGAUCGACCAAAAGUGCGAAUUAAUAAUCUAUCAGAGAGGCUUAAGCUCUACCACCCGGCGGAUCUCGCUUCACUAUAGUCGUAGUCGUCGGCGGAAGUAGUACACCAGUCUCCGGUUCUCCGAUUCACUCCGGCACGCGCUUACGGCUUUGGGUUACUUUUCGCAACCGUCGGCAAGGCAUGUGAUACGAAAAAAUCCCUUAUGCUAGUAAAAAGCCAAACGUGAAACUAAAUAUUAACUAAAUUAAAUACAAACAAAUAUUAUUUUAAUAAAAUAUUAAUAAGAUGAGUGACCAGGCCAAAGAGAUCGAGGCUAUUCCGCCAACUGUCCUGGACUUCAAGGCUCCCGAUCUUCCGGACAACAAGCCAAUUCUCUUCUUUCAUCCGUACAACUUCCAUGCGCAAAAAGUUCUCAUGGUUUUUUACGAGAAAAAAAUUGACUUCUUUCCCUACGUGGUUGACUUGUGCAAUGGCGAGCAGUAUUCUAACUGGUUCCUGAAUCUUAAUCCCAAGGGCGAUGUGCCUGUGCUCCAGGACGGAGCUUUUAUUAUUCCUAACUCGACGCACAUCAUCAACUAUGUGGAUAGCAAAUUCCGAGGAGGGAUUCAUCGAACUCUGAAGCCCCCGCACAAUUCAAAGGAUUUUGAUAAGAUGUUGAUCCUUGAGCAAGCAAUGAGUCGCCUGCCAGUGGGAACUCUAAGUCUGGGCUCAUUUAUCCACGACGAUUUGAAGUUGGUGCCCAAGGCGCCUUUUAUAGGACCUGUGCGCCAGUCCUGCCUGAAAAACAACGAUAAGGUUCUAGAAAUGCUGCGCCGCUCUGUGGACGAUCAGUCAACGAACAAGGCAGCUUUGCAACACAAGCUUGAUAUCCAAGUGCGCCGGCAUGAACUGGCCUCCUCCCGUGAGGACUUCCAGAAAGUUUUAGAUGCCGUGCGUCACUUUUUGCUCUAUGUGGAGCAGGAACUGUCUGCCCAAGCACCGCGAAACGAGUGGCUAACCGGUGACGAGCUAUCCGUGGCAGAUAUCUCCCUGGGACUAUUGCUAUAUCGAUUGUACCAGCUCGGGUUCGAGAACUAUUUUUGGGCCUUUGGAAAACUGCCACAGGUAGAGGCCUUCUUCCUGCGUUUCCGACAGCGCGAGUCCUUCCACCGCCUUCAGCCGAGCAACUUUGCCAUCCUGCGCGAGAUGUGGAUGCGGACGCCGGGCAAUUACAAACUAGGAGCGGGAGCGGGCUUCCUGGGUAUGGCCAUGUUUGCCGCCUUCGCGCACAAGUGAGCGGAGGAUCGGGACACCAGAUUUUGUUAACAAAUCCUUUUACUGUUAAAGUUGGGCACAUAUAAACACACGAACAUAAGAACGCUUAAAGCUA